AUGUUCAGGCGGAACAAGAAUGAGAAGGAGCCCGAAUGGGACCCAACCUUUGAGCCAUUAAUGAAGGUGCUUCUAGGCAAGAAAGGCAUCAAGACGAAGACUGCAAGCGAGGUCGGGCGCAAGAAGGUGGACUAUUUCCGCGGGAAAGAUUUCAAGAAGUUCCUUUUGGAAAGCGAGGGAAUCCUGACAAAGAAGUGCUCCAAAGCUUUAGAAGAAGCUUUGGAUGGACAGGUUCCGCAAACUGAUCCGGAUGUGGUCCGGCUGGGUCAAGAGCUGAUUGACCGAAAGUUUUGCUACAAGGCCAUGUACAAGCCCUUGAACCCAAGUUCCAAGUCUGAUGAUGGCGACAAGAAGCCCAAGAAGUGGCCUGACAGAUUGGGCCGAACGCCCAACCAAGCCUUCGACUCUGAAGGGUUCUACGUCAUCACAUACGAGGGUGGCAGUGGCCUGCAGCACUUCUUGCUGGCCUUGAUCAUCGCCGGCGUGCUCCUCGCGUGCAUGUUCCCGGUUUGGCCAAUGUGGGCCAAGGUGGGCGUCUGGUACUUGAGCGUGAUCUUUCUGACGCUCUACUUUGGCGUCCUCAUCCUGCGAAUGUUAAUCUUCACAAUGUUUUGGAUCGUCGGCUUUGAUUUCUGGAUCUUCCCAAACCUGAAUGACGAGUACUGCGGAUUUUUGGAUUCCUUCCAGCCUCUCUACUCAUGGGAGAAACGAAAAGAUGAUGCUUUGAUGCUUUUGGUUCGCUUUGGCAGCUUGGGUAUCGCUGCAGUGGCCAUUCAGCAGAUUGCCGAAACCACGUCUUUCGAAGAUGUGCAGGACCUGGUCACAAGCUCCUACGCCGACGUUUUGGCUUGGGGCGUGGACAAGCUCACAGCCCUGCCUGGAUCAGAAAAGCAGGCUCUACCAAGCGUUGAGGAGCUGCAGAAAGAGAAGGACUUAGAGGAGAAUGAGACAAACGUGACGGCUGACCUCGCCGAUGACGACGACGACAAGGAUGAGGGAUCCGCGCCAGGGGCCGAAGCUUCCGAAGUCCAGGAAGGAGAAGCUAAAGAAGAAGAUGAAAACAAGACAUGCAAGGUCUUGGAUACGGCAGCAGCCGCAAAAGCAAGCCAGGAAGGAAAAGCCGAAGCCGCAGUGCAAAACUCCGAGUACAGCUCAUACUCGGAAGAGCCAACAGGGCCCAAAAAAGCAGGGGCAGGCCCACGCCUGGACAAAGAUGAAGUGCAGCACUUCGAGUGGCGUGUGGGCUUGCAGAUGAACUCCCGCUAUGUUGUGAGCAAAUUUCUGGGAGAUGGUACGUUUGGCCGGGUGCUGCAAGCAAAGGAUUGCAAACGAAACCGGCAAGUGGCCAUCAAGAUCAUUCGAAACGUGGAGAAAUACACCCGCAAUGCGAUGCGGGAAGCGGAGAUCUUGCAGGCUUUGGGCAUGUCCCUGUAUGACCUGCUGAAGCAAAAUCACUACCGUGGACUCUGGGUGCAGGACUUCGCCUCAGCACGCAAGAAGGAAUCUGGAAUCUCGACAUUCCCUAUGCCAGGAGUUUUGGCAGUCGCAGUCCUCGUCAUCGCGGCGCCCGGCAAGUGGGUAUGUGGCAGCCUCAAGGAAGCACCCUUGAUGUUCACAGAGGGGAGAA